AUUUAAAAAAAAAAAAAAAACAUUCUGUGCCAAUUUGAUACAGAGAGUCACCGUUGAGGCUGUUCAAUUGAAUCGUUGAAUCUCGCGGUGCCAUUAUAUACGUUGCUUUUUGCAUAAAAUUAUUUUACUUGUUCUUGAGAUAUGGAUGCUGCGGCGGUGGCGAGAUGUGUUGGAAGCUGCUAUGUUUCGCCGGCGUUCGGAGAUUCUGACCCGCUCCGGCGGUUUCUGAGAUUAUCGUUGUCUAGCUCCACAAAUUUAGAUCCCACCGGUGGUAAAAAUUCGAAGUUUCGUGGGAAAAGUCACCGGAGACUGAGUUUCGUCCGUCCGAUCAUGGCGACAGAUGAAUCCUUUUCUAAGCUAACCUCUGAUUGCGCCGGUGAAACACAGAAAAUCAACGGAAAGCAAAAGAACAUCGUCUGGCAUGAUUGUCCUGUUACUAAAUCCGACAGGCAAGAAUUGAUUAACCAAAAGGGAUGUGUGAUUUGGAUUACUGGCUUAAGUGGUUCAGGGAAAAGUAGUCUGGCAUGUACUCUUAGCCGAGCUUUGCACAAUCGUGGAAAGCUUUCGUAUAUACUUGACGGUGACAAUCUUCGACAUGGUUUAAACAGCGAUCUUACUUUCGAAGCGGAAGAUCGAGCUGAAAACAUUCGAAGAGUUGGUGAAGUGGCUAAACUAUUUGCAGAUGCUGGAGUAAUCUGUAUUGCAAGUUUGAUAUCUCCUUACAGGAGGGAACGAGCUGCUUGCCGUGCAUUGUUACCACAAGGAGAUUUCAUUGAGGUAUUCAUGGAUGUUCCACUCCAUGUUUGUGAAGCUAGAGACCCGAAGGGAUUGUACAAACGUGCACGCGCUGGGAAAAUCAAAGGUUUCACAGGAGUAGAUGAUCCGUAUGAACCGCCUUUGGACUGCGAGAUUGUAAUACAGAACAACCGAGACAAAGGUCUUUCUUCUUCAUCUUCGUCUCUGUCUGAAAUGGCAGAGAUUGUUGUGUCGUAUUUGGACGAAAAUGGAUACCUCAAGACGCCUUAGGAUACUUGCACAAAAUUACUCUAAGGAAUACAUAGUAAUAUAUACAUAUAUAUACAUUCCUUGUAAUAGGCUCAUGUAUCAAUCAUUACCCCUGUUCAUUUGUUUGUUUGAAUGCAAUUGUAAAAGGUGUGGUUUCUUCCCUCCCUGUCUUAGAUUUUCUCAAGAAUGUGUUGUAAAAGAGAUUGUCAAGUUAUUAGCAUAAUUUAAUUAUAAAAGAGAUUUUUACUUC